AUGAGCGACGAUGAUGAUAUAUCGAUUACGUCAACGGCACCCAGUGAACAGCAGUCUGAAUAUGAAGUGGAAACCAUCUUUGCUGAGCUUGAAUUUGAUGAUGGCAUCAAAUAUUUGGUGAAGUGGGCCAAUUACCCCAUUGAACGAUGCACAUGGGAACCCGCCGACUCCUUUUGCGCUGAACAGACUUUGAUCGACUGGAAUAAGAAGAAAAAGGCAAUUGCAGAAGGAAAGCGUCCAGCAUUUGAUCUUGUCAGGUUUGAAAAUCAUCUAGCUGCCCUUGAGAGGGCAAAACAAGACAGAAAGCAAAGAAGAGCCGCAAAGAGGAGACGUCUAGGGCUCGACCAACCCCAGCAAAGUCCUCCUGUUGUGGAGAGUCCUCCGAGUAAUAACGUGCCUGUCCCAAGGAUUUCUGAUGGUACUGGCUCCAAUGACUUCGAAGUCGACGGAUCAAAGUCUUCGUCCGUUCAAACUCCGCAAACGAAUGCGAACACAGGAAGUGCACAAGCUAAAGCUCAGCCACUUCCCAAAAGACCACCUCCCCCUAUCUUAUUCGGAACUGCCCCGGCUCCCACCCGCCCGAAAAGGAUGAACAGUUCUGAGACGCCAAGGUUGUUCAAUUUGUCGACGAGAUGGAAGUACGAGAAGGCGAAAGCUUAUGAGCCACCUCCUGAUAUGAACAAGCUCCAACUCAUUCGGCCAUCCGACUGGCCAGCCAGGACCGGGCUCGCCGCGACAAAGAUAGGACUGCACAACGUCAGCUCACUCAGCGCGGAGAAUGACUCCGGUACCGCUAAGCUCGGAUCUCAUAACGUGAGCUCACCCACACAGGAUGGGCCAAGCUCAGCGAAGCUAGGUCCUCAUGAUGUUAGCUCGCCAAAGCAGGGUGACUUGCAUAGCCUAAAGAUUGGAUUGCACAACGUUAGCUCAUCGAAGCAAUUCAAUGCAAAUCCAGUGAAACUAGGCUCGCACAGUGUGAGCUCUCCUAAGUCGGUUACUUCGGAGAGGCUAGGCACGCAUAAUGUCAGCUCGUCAAACGGAACCGAUGACAGUGCAUUGGAUCCAGAAUCGCAUGAUGUCGGUUCGCCAAUGGACCUUGAUUCGCAUGAUGGGGCUCAAGGCCAAAUUGGCCAAACUCGAGGAAGUCGGGCUCUGAAUUUACCGAAACGCGCAGUGUAUGAUACAUACAAGCCGACUCACAGCGUGCCAGACACGUAUAGGCCAGUGUACGGUGCGGAUACGUGGAGACCAGGCCGACCACUGCCAGAUACCUGGAGUCCAAGCCAACCUUCCGGUGGCAGCCUAAGGCCGAAUACUAGCUCCCCAAUCCAUCGCCAUGAACUCGAAGACUAUCCGAUACCCAAGCUUCCGACGAGGAAACCAAAACCAGGGGCCAAGUUCGCCAGAGUCAACCUCACUCCCUAUUUCUGGAAUCCUGGUGAGCUCCUUGUCUAUCUUUAUUAUGGCCCAGACAAGAAAGAAAUUGGUUCAGCCAGGCUAUGUGGCCUCAGUGCAGAGAGUUGGGGCAGGCUCAUGACUACCAAAAGGGGCGGUCGCAUCAAUAUCUGGUUUCAACAUACGUGCAACCUGGAAGAGUAUAAUAUCCUAUGUGCGACAACAUCCAAUCAGAAGUACUCUAAUGGUUGGAUAGAAGGGUUCGAUGAUACAGAGCCGAGCAUCUACAGAAUUGGGGAAGAACUUCGUCGUAACCAGCUGGUGGCCAUAUUAUAUCCAGAUCCAGACAGCUGGAAUCAAACUGUGUUACUUGCCUAUUCCCCGAAGUCGUCAGACUUUGCGUUUCUCGAUGCAGAUUUCAGAAGCCCUGCAGGUGUUUUCCUAAAUGUCGCAGUCCGAAGCCCGUUGCGAUGGUUUGACAUCAUCACUGAUUGGCGUGAAAGGAAACAACUUCAUGCGGAGUCGCACAAGCCAAUACCCCUAGCACAAACAAAUUCUCAAGAUGUUCCAGGCAGAGCUCGACCUUCCUGUGUUGUAGCUGCUCAACCUUGUUCUGUGAAGGCUUCGACUCCAGAAGUUAUGAGACCUGUCAAUGAAAUAUCCAAACUUCGCGUUCGAAUUCCGGCGGACAACAGAGCCAUGACACCAAAAGCACUUGAGGCAUCAGACGUGACAACACAACUAGAUGCAACACUUGACUCAGGCUCAACAAAAACAACUAGUGUAACCCCAAAGUUUUCAACACAACUCUCUGGCGCACAAAAUUUGCAACCGGCACCUCAAAACACACCACGAGAAUCAGAGCAUGUGAAUUUAGCUGCACAGGAUCCCGCACAAGAAACUGACGCACUAUUAUCAACCUCGCAGGCUCCAUUGCCAAAACACGGAAGUACGCAAUCAGCACCCGAGGCCUCACCCACGAGCUCUGAGGCUCGAACAGCGCCGGAGGCAGAGCCUGGAUUUCCUUUCCCCCUCAAACACGACGCGGGCAUGGCGCAGUCUAUCACAGAUGAUGUUAAAUCGCCGCCACAAUCAACUAUUGAGAAUACUGUUGAUCUAGAUGCGCUCUUCAAAGAACAAUUUAGUGUCACCUAUGAUCUCCUGGCGACCGUGAACGAUGUUGAGAAGCCUACGAAGGCUCAAGUGUUUUACUUGAUGUUUCCCACCGAGUCCGAAGUAGUGCGGCAAGAGUACGAACUCAUGCACGAGUUUCUGAAGAGGCACAAUGCUGUGACCUAUUCCAAUCGCCUUCCGGAAGAUUGGGAGAGAUUUGCACGUACAAUACAUAAGGGAGUUGUCUUGGCUCAUGAAAGCUUUAUGAACUACCAUGCCCUACCUUUCUUCAAGGAGCUGAUCCAUCGAAACGUCAGCUUCUGGAGCCUUUCUUUAACCAAGCCUCUACAAUACGCUGACCACCCAACGUAUUUCCAACGCGUAUACCCUCACGGUGGUGUCAUCUUAAUCACAGAAGACUUCAUGCUUAGGGAACCAGAUGCUACGCUCAUCAUCCUGGCAUGGCUAAAGGAUUGGCUUAAGCAGAAAUUCCCGGGGAGUUGGAAGAUCAUGUUCCGUCCAAAUAUCCUGAACUGGCUCCUGAAGCAACCUGAAUCGAAGGAUCCAUUCAGGCAGGGAAUAUGGUUGAGCAUGUAUUCUCUGAUCCUUCAAUUAAACACUCGCGUGGUAGGCUCAGAACAGAUGGCUGGAAAUAUUCUCAGCAGCACCAGUGAUGAGCACAACGAAGAUCCUGUGAUCUCACCCGACGCGAUCCCGCUCUAUGGGUCUCGCACUGAAGACGAUGAUGCGAGCAUACCGAAAGGCCUCACACAGGAGCAAAGGAAUACCGACCACCUUGGGGAAUUUUUUGCUGGUUGGGCAAUAGUAAACAACCACAGGUUCAGGCGCUUCGUCAUGGUCACAGCAGUGAAACCACUACCGAGAUGGGAAGCCUGGCAACAUAUUGAGAUCAGAUAUAGUGCAAAAGAUUUUCUGAGGGUCUUCAAGGUUGACUACAAGACGUACUGGGAGAAAGUGAGGCCUAGGCUAGGGAAACCAGGUCUAUCGUCGGAGGCAAAGUCCCAAAACCAGAAUUCUGCCUAUACGCCUCGGACACCUGGAGCGAAUGGUCCUUCAGCGGAUGGGUUGGAUGUUUCGAGGGUCGGUGGGUUUCCUCACGGCCCUUCCAGGCUGAAAUACCCUCAACCGUACCAGUGA